GGCCUAGUUGUUCUCCUCCCUCUGUGACUCAGUUUCUCUCCUCCUCCCUCCCUGCCCCCACUUUUGGAUGAGGCGCCUCCUGCUUCUGGGGUGCCCGGGACGUCCGAAGCGCCAUGGAGAGGCGGCUGCGGGACGCCCAGCAGUACAAGGAGGAGGGCAACAGGCGCUAUCGGGAACAACGGUACCGCGACGCCGUGAGCCGCUACCACCGGGCCCUCCUGCAGCUGCGCGGCCUUGACCCCAGCCUGCCGUCCCCCAUCCCGUCUCUGGGACCCCAGGGUCCCCUGCCCACUCCCGACCAGGAAAAGAUCCUGCGGGCCACCCAGACGGACUGCUACAACAAUCUGGCCGCCUGCCUUCUGCGGAUGGAGCCGGUCAACUACGAGCGGGUGAGAGAGUACAGCCGCAAAGUUUUGGAGCGGCAGCCCGGCAACCCCAAGGCCCUGUACCGGGCCGGCGUGGCCUCCUUCCACCUCCAGGACUACGACCAGGCUCGCCGCUACCUCCGGGCCGCCACGGACCAACGGCCGAAAGAUGCCAACGUCCGACGGUACCUCCAGCUGACGGAAUCGGAGCUGAGCAGCUACUACAAGAAGGAGAAGAAGCUUUACUUGGGAAUGUUCGGUUAGUCGGGAGGGCCACGGACAUUUGGGAAUGUUCGGUUAAUCGAGAGGGCCGCGGACAUUUGGGAAUGUUCGGUUAAUCGAGAGGGCCACAGACAUUUGCUCCCCGCAAUGCUGCGCUGGUUUCCGACAUUUUUCCAACAGGGAAUGUGAGUCUCCCUCCCACCUCCAUCUCUCAACCUCCCUGAUCUUUCAUUUGGUUUCCAUUUUCGGAACAAAAUCCCUACUGUGGACACUGUCUGGUCUUCCUCCACCCCUUCACCUGUGUGUUUACAGAGCACUUGGUAGAUAUAAAACUCAAUUUUUAUUUUUUUUUUUGGUGGAUAAUCAGAAAAUAUCAGCAGGAGGGACUGAACUUGGAGCGAGCCACAGAGCACUUGGUAGAUAUAAAACUCAAUUCUUUUUGGCGGGGAUAGAUAAUCAGAAAAUAUCAGCAUGAGGGACUGAACUUAGAGCGAGCCACAGAGCACUUGGUAGAUAUAAAACUCAAUUUUUUUUUUGCGGGGAUGGAUAAUCAGAAAAUAUCAGCAAGAGGGAUUGAACUUUGAGCGAGCCACAGAGCAUUUGGUAGAUAUAAAACUCAAUUAUUAUUUUUUUUUUGGCGGGGAUGGAUAAUCAGAAAAUAUCAGCAAGAGGGACUCAACUUUGAGCGAGCCACAGAGCAUUUGGUAGAUAUAAAACUCAAAUUUUUUUUUUUUUUUUUGGCGGGGGUGGAUAAUCAGAAAAUAUCAGCACGAGGGACUGAACUUUGAGCGAGCCACAGAGCACUUGGUAGAUAUAAAACUCAAUUAUUAUUAUUUUUUUUGGUGGGGGGUGGAUAAUCAGAAAAUAUUGGUAGAUAUAAAACUCAAUCAUUUUUUGUUUUUGGCGGGGAUGGAUAAUCAGAAAAUAUCAGCACGAGGGACUGAACUUUGAGCGAGCCACAGAGCACUUGGUAGAUAUAAAACUCAAUUAUCAGCAAGAGGGACUGACCUUUGAGCAAGCCACAGAGCAUUUGGUAGAUAUAAAACUCAAUUAUUAUUAUUUUUUUUGGUGGGGAUGGAUAAUCAGAAAAUAUCAGCACGAGGGACUGAACUUUGAGUGAGCCACAGAUCACUUGGUAGAUAUAAAAUUCAAUUAUUUUUUUUUGGCGGGGAUGGAUAAUCAGAAAAUAUCAGCAAGAGGGACUGAACUUUGAGCAAGCCACAGAUCACUUGGUAGAUAUAAAAUUCAAUUAUUUUUUUUUUGGCGGGGGUGGAUAAUCAGAAAAUAUCAGCAAGAGGGACUGAACUUUGAGCAAGCCACAGAGCAUUUGGUAGAUAUAAAACUCAAUUAUUAUUUUUUUUUUGGCGGGGAUGGAUAAUCAGAAAAUAUCAGCAAGAGGGACUGAACUUCGAGCGAGCCACAGAUCACUUGGUAGAUAUAAAGCUCAAUUAUUAUUUUUUUGGCGGGGAUGGAUAAUCAGAAAAUAUCAGCAACAGGGACUGAACUUUGAGCGAGCCCACAGAGCACUUGGUAGAUAUAAAAUUCAAUUCUUUUGGCGGGGGGUGGAUAAUAAGAAAAUAUUGGUAGAUAUAAAACUCAAUCAUUUUUUGUUUUUGGUGGGGAUGGAUAAUCAGAAAAUAUCAGCAAGGGGGACUGAACUUUGAGCGAGCCACAGAGCACUUGGUAGAUAUAAAACUCAAUUAUUAUUUUUUUUUGGUGGGGAUGGAUAAUCAGAAAAUAUCAGCAAGAGGGACUGAACUUUGAGCGAGCCACAGAGCACUUGGUAGAUAUAAAACUCAAUUAUUUUUUUUUUGGCGGGGGGUGGAUAAUCAGAAAAUAUCAGCUAGAGAGACUGAACUUUGAGCGAGCCACAGAGCACUUGGUAGAUAUAAAGCAAUUAUUUUUUCUUUU